AUGGAGAGGACCGAGUACCCGGGCAUGCUGCCCAAGCUGCAGCCCGGUCAGGCUGUCGAUAUCCUUGCCGACCGCGUGCGAUCCGUGGGCAGGCUGAAUACUUCUAUUGCGGACUGGCUACAGGAACGGAGUCGCCUGGAAGAGCAGUAUGCCGCCGGCUUGCGCAGACUGGCGCGCAGGCCCAUCGAUGACAACGAUCUGGGCAUCUUCACGGUCCCGUGGAACGCCAUCACCAACUCCAUGGACAUCCUCGCCGAUUCGCAUUCUUCCCUCGCUUCCAAACUCGAGGUCGACGUCGAGGCGCCUCUGCGCGCAUUCCAAUCCAACAACCGCGAAAUGCAGGCCAUGGCCACCAUCCAGGGCAACUUGGCCUCUCUGGCCAAAGAUGUGGAAAGAGCGCAGCAAAAGACGGACAAACUGCAGACCAAGAACGAAAGAGCCGAUCCCGGGAAAGUCGCCAACGCGAGCUCUGAUCUGGACAAUGCGCGACAGCAGUGGGAGUCGCAAGCCCCAUACGUUUUUGAGAAUCUCCAAGCGCUGGACGAGACGAGGGUCAACCAGCUGCGGGAUCUCCUCACUCAGUUCCAGACGCUGGAAGUCGACCAGGUCGAGAAAGCCCGGGUUGCGGCGGAACAAUGUCUGAACGUCUUGCUGAACGUCGAGACGCAUGACGAGAUCAAAACAUUCGCUAUUAGGACGUUGUCGAAACCGCGACCCACAGAGACUCCACGUUCCAACAGGAUGAGCGUGGUGCCUGGGAUGGGAGGAGGCUCGGCCUCGAGAACCGGCACCUCCUCAUCUAAUGCUCUGGCUCCGAUUGCGUCAAACGACGACCAAACUAGUCAAUUCUCCGGCAACACACCAGAAUCAUCUAAAAAGGGCGGGCUUAAAGGUCUGAAGCGACUUGGUACUGUCAUGUCGCGACGAAACAGCAAGCAGCCGUCUACCUUACCCUCGACUUCUGAGUCUCCAGAAAGGAAAAGCCGGUUACCAGGCCCAUUUGGCAGACUCGGCCGUAACAAAGACUCAUACUCUCUCGAGCCGCCGCAGGAGGAACGAUCUUCGCGCAGACCGAGCUCACCUCUACGAAUGGGUAGCGAGGUGUUGGAACCGCCUGGCUCAAGACAGGAACCCGCAAGCCCUGCUAGUACCAGGCCACCUCAGUUGGACCCUAUCCCCCAGCUGAAUGGAAGUCGAUCGCCUACCGGGGUUGCAUUCCCGAAUGGCAGUCAUCAGGGCGACCUUGCAGAUUUGGAACCACCGAGACCAGUACAACAAGAUCCACCAACAAUACCCGUCGCGGCCGAACCCCAACGUGACAACGAAAGCUUCUCGGUCCCUCCACCAACUCUCGAUCCCAUUUCGCAAGCACAAGCCGAUGCCGCAUUCGCUGAAAGGACUGAGCCGCAGUACAAUGUCAACAUUCGAAGCGCGCCCAUACAGGAAGAAGGCAGUGAAGCUGCUCUUGCCAAUAUGGCAGGAAGACUGCAAGCACCACCUCCAGUCUCACGCAGGGUUGGCACGGUGCGAGGGCGUAGAGACAAUCGCAAUAGUGCUGUGAUUAGCACCUACGGACCACCUGACCAAGCUUCACAAGAGCCACUGACCAUUGCAACACCACCAACUGCGGAAACAGCUUUUGAGCCAGCGCCCGUCAGCACGCAAGUUCCAGCACCUGCAGUCCAGCCCCCGGUCGAUGCAUCAGCAAGUCAAUCCCCGUCAGGCGCCUUCACCUCACCAGCAAGCUCAACUCCAUUCUCGCCAUUCAGCCUUGGCGAGCCACAGUCUCCCCUCCGAUCUAGGGCUGCUCUGGGCACUGAUAUUACUGGUGACAAUCAGUCUAUUCGUUCCGGACGCUCAUUGCAAAGCACCGCGAGCCAUACCAACAAGCACCCCGAACUUCAAGCCCCAGGUCUCAGCUCAUCGAUUGUCGAAACAGUGUCUGCGAGGUUCGAGCAAGGCAAGACUGUCAGCUCUCAAAUCAUUGGCGAAAUCGCUCUGGCAUACAACGCUGCAGACUUCAACUCCCCAUUUGGCCAUGAAAACAUCCGCCUGGAACACUUCUCGACGCUGGAGAAAGUCGCGCCCAAUCCUGCCUUCAUCAAUCAAAGCCCCGAGCAGGAGGGCGAGUACACUGUCAAUCUGGCCAAUCUUUCGCGAACCCAAGUGGCGUUCAAGUACCAGCUACGCGGGGAACAGUCCCCGAACACGCACCUGCCACUGCUUCUUACGCCUGCUUACAAGAUUGAGCCUACUCAGGCGUCGGUCAUCAUCAGCUACUCCUUGCGUCCAGAUUUCGUUAUCCCAAAUGGGCAAGACAGUGUCACCUUCCACAAUGUCAUGAUUGCCCUCACUCUGGAGGGUGCUCGUGCAUCUGGGUGCCAGUCCAAGCCUGUAGGUACUUUCGCCCGAGAGAAGAACCUGGUCUACUGGCAACUCGGCGAUGUCACACUUUCGACGGGCGCCGCCCCCGAAAAGCUGCUUGCACGCUUCGCCACUGACGGCGAAGCGAAAGGUGGAAGCAUAGAAGCGCGCUGGGAAAUCUCGGGCGAACACGCUGCCGGCCUGGGGAGUGCACUGAGCGUCAGCCAAAGCGCCGCGGGAGAGGGCGCUGAUCCUUUCGCCGAUGAAGAGGGUGCUGGAGCUGGUGGUGCCAACACAAACUGGAAGAUGGUGCCGCUGGUGAAGAAGAUCGCCAGCGGUAGCUAUGUGGCGAAGUCGUAG